AUGGUGAGCCAUCACUCGACAACAUCUCUACUACAACGUGCAGCCCAUGACAUCAACGAACAACUCGAACAUGAAGAUUUCAGCACACCGGCAGUCAAUGACGAGACGACAAGAGCGCUUGUACUUGCAACUGCGACAGGCGAUAAUGGAGUAACGUCAAAGACGACUCGAAAACGACAACGAAGUGCAACAAACGACGAGAACGAUAAGAGCUUUACACUGGUGGAACUCCGGAGACGACGAAACAAAGGUGGACAGAACGUACUGGAGCACAAGCUGCGGCCCCUUAUUUCUGGAUGGACACGAACAACCCACGGAGGUCGAUGGUCGACGAAGGACGGAAGGGCGAAGCCUGCUGGAUUGAUCGAGACUAAUACGAGAAGCUGCAUCGAAGCGGCCGGGUCGCGGAAGACCCGGAUAUUGAGGAAGUCGUACAGGAAUGACGGAGAAAUGAAGAGUCGCACACGAAAGAUCGCACGAAACGAGCGGGCAAGAGCGGCCGACAAAAGAUCCAAGCGACUGCGCCAACACCGACUGACUGGACGGCUGGACGGACAAGGACUCGGCAGACCUGUGUGUCAGCCUCGAGCCCAACUGACUGGACGACUGAACGAGGACUCGGCGGACCUGUGCGUCAGCCUCGAGGCCCACGGACGGCUGGACGGACUCGGCGGACCUGUGUGUCAGCUAGAGACCGACAAACGAUACUGGACGGGCGGACGGACGGUUGAUGAACUGGACGACCACAGUGGACAACGAUUGAAGACGGCGAUUGAAGUGUGCUUUUGGCAGGAACCGACGAACGAGUGA